CUGACGCCGCGACAAGAUGGCGAGCCCCGAGUUACUGCUGGACUCCAGCAUCCGGCUCUGGGUAGUGCUGCCCAUCGUGUUCAUCACCUUCCUGAGCGGCCUCCUCCGGCACCAUGUCACCCGCCUGCUCCAGGGAGACAAGAAGACCGAGCUGGAGCCCCUCAGUGACAGUCAGGUGCUCAUCCGCAGCCGGAUUCUCAGGGAAAAUGGAAAAUACAUUCCGCGGCAGUCGUUCCUCAUGCGGAAGUUCUAUUUCAAUGAUGCAGAGACGGGGUUCUUUAAGAAAACCAAAAGGAAAGUGGUACAACGUAAUCCAAUGACGGACCCAACCAUGGUGACAGAAAUGAUGAAGGGUAACCUCACCAAUGUCCUACCUAUGAUCGUCAUCGGCGGGUGGAUCAACUGGGCCUUUUCUGGUUUUCUUACAACCAAGGUUCCGUUCCCCCUGACUCUGCGAUUCAAGCCCAUGUUACAGCGUGGUAUCGAGCUGGUCUCUCUGGAUGCAUCCUGGGUCAGCUCUGCAUCCUGGUAUUUUCUCAAUGUGUUUGGACUACGCAGUAUGUAUACCCUCAUUUUGGGACAGGACAAUGCUGCUGAUCAGAGCCGUAUAAUGCAGGAUCAAAUGACCGGAGCCGCAAUGGCUGUACCGCCCGACACUAAUAAAGCUUUUAAAGCGGAAUGGGAAGCCAUGGAGAUUACAGAACACCAAUGGGCCCUGGAGAACGUAGAAGAAGAUUUGAUCUCUAAGGACUUGAGUCUGGACUUUAGUCAGUGAUCACAGUGUGGUUGAAAGAGACGCCACCACCGUCUACCUUGUAUUUUUCUUAGAGACUGGUUCAUUAAAACAAGUCUUGUCAGCUAUUGACCCAA